AAGAAAAAACGUAAAAGCCCUAGAUUGUGUCGUCUGUUCCUCUCUCCUUGACGAAGUGUGGAAGACUCACACAGGUCCUGCGAUUUUUUUACCUCCGGCGACCCAAAGCAGCUCCGGCGCGAUCCGUUUUGUGGAGAGAGAAAGAGAUGAGGCUGUUGACGCACAACAUGCUGUCGUCGAACAUCAAGGGCGUGACGAACGGCUUCCCGCUGCGGAUUGAGGUGGAGAAAGUGGUGGAAAAGCAGGUGGACUUCAACCCGGACUUCCUCAAGAACAUGUUCUCCAAGAUCGAUUGGAAGGCUCUUUUCGACGCCUCCAGAACCAUGGGCUACGCCGACCUUCCCGACGAGGUCGAGCCGUCGAUGCUCAACUCCGACGACUUCCUCAGGCGGUUCCACCACGCACUCCUCCAGCUCCACCUCGAGGAGGGUGCCCUUGUCUGCCCCGAGACCGCCCGGAGAUUCCCCGUCAAUAAGGGAAUCCCCAAUAUGCUCCUCCACGAAGACGAGGUCUGAUCCAUCAUCACAUUCCACCUAUUACUUGUGGAUUUGAGUGGUUUCUACUACAUAUAUGUGGGUUUUCAUUGAGAAAAUGAAUGGAGGGAAUAUUAGGGUUUUUGUUGGUGAACGAAGGAAUGGAAUAUUAGGGUUUUUGUGCUGGUUGAAUUUUAUUAUUGCCUUAUUUAUCUUCCCUUUUUGUUCAUGAAUUUCGUGGGUUUUGUUUGGUGCUCAAAUUACUUUUGUUUUAUUAUUAUUAUCUGAAUUGCAAUAUCACAAUGUUUGUUACUUUUGUAAA